AGAACACUGUCUAUGAUGGAUAUAGUAUUCACUAUAUCAUGAGAAAUUGCAAUCGCAUGAACUGGAGUACCUGCCUCCUAACGGUUACAUCGUACCACGAUGUGGCGAACUCGUAGUUGGCAUUCUCCAAAGAGAAACUCGACAAAUCUCUUCCACGAUUCGUCAAUGAGGGAAAAAAAACUGAAUGCCUGCGUGGCGACGAUCCUCGCCCGUUACUCGGAGGAGUUGCAGUUCAUCGAGAUCGAUGGUGUCUUGCGCGACCUAUAUGCUGGUGGGAUCGUCACCCAUGAGGAGCAUAUCGACGUGGCCAAAGAGAAUUUGAAGGAAAAGUUCCUGUUCCUCCAGAAGUGCCUGCCUCGAAGGGAUGGGGCCUUCUCAACUUUUGUUGAGAUCUUACGGAAGAGAAAUCAUGUCCACCUUGCUAACAUUAUUGAAGGAGAAUUGGAGAAGACGUUAAAAGGAGAUGAAGAUUCCACGGUUACACCAGAUUCCCAUCUUUCUAGUGCAACUACAGAUAAUGAGAAGCGUUCGGACAUGCUAAAUGCGAAUGCGGUGCUCCUAAGGCCUCCAUGCAAGAGAACGUGGCAACAGGUGGAUGGAUUUUGGGACGUCCAAAAGCCUAAUGCAGUACGCAGAGAGCCCCUAUUGUAA